UAAUCUGUCAAACGUCAAAGUGAAAUACCUAUUUUGCUUUGCUGCAAAACGAAAAUUGAUUUGGCUUAAAAAUGUCCAUUGCAAAGAUAUUUGCACUAGAUAAGGUAGCCAAUUUCUUUAACAUCAUACGCCAAAAUGGAGGCAUUCGGGGUUCCCUGUGGAAACUAUACCGUCAGGACGAACUGAAGGACGGUACCCUCGUAGGUGAAGACAGUUUCGGCAACAAAUACUAUGAGAACCCUCGCUACUUCUAUUCCCGUAAUCGCUGGGUGGAAUACGCUCCCAACUUCCACAUGAACUAUGAUGGUAGUCAGGUCCCCGCUGAAUGGUUCGGCUGGCUGCACUACAAGACCGAUCUUCCCCCACACCAGGACCCCAGCCGCCCUAAAUACGACUGGAUGAUGUAUGGCAACGAGAACCUCUCUGGAACCAAGGGGCAGUACGUACCCUACAGCACCACCAGGCCCAAGGUCGAGGCCUGGGUCCCCAAGUCCAAGGAAUAAACUGUUCAUAACCCGCUCUGACAACAGUCCGAUAGUAAAGAGUAGAAAGAGGGCGCCACUGAGUAAGCAACAUUGGGUAUUCCCAUUAUCGUUCGUUUUUAUAGCAUUAGAAAGAAGGUAAGCGAUCUUGACGUCUUUUUAUUAAAAAUCACUUUUGAAAAAUAAAUAACAGCAAAUAUGUUACAAUUAUAAAUCAUAUACGAUCUUUUACAUUAUUUUGCUUUCAUAAGUAUUAUAAACUAAUUUUUGAAAAGCGUUUGUCAAUAUUCUUCAAUAAAAAGACACAUCAAAAUUGUUUACCUUUUUUCUACUGCUAAAAAAAACGAGCUAUAGCGCCUGCACCUACUUAUGGGAACCCACCAUUUGCGACGUUUUCAACUAAAAGGUACCACAUUGUCGGUUGUCGAUAAGGUUGAUUCCAAAUUGAAGCUAUAUAAAAAUAGCGCCUUAUUGACAACCGACAAUAAGUACCCUUUUGGUGUAAAAUGGCACAUUUUUUUAAUGCUGUCAGGUUAGGUAGAGGAGUUACAGCAGAAAAUCGAAUCAAACUCCGUAACCCAAGUGUACCCAUGUGGGUGAAGUGGGUACAGUGGGCGCUAAUGGGUUUUUAUGGACAUUCAUAUGUAAGUAUAUUCAUAUAUACUUUAUCCCAUAUGUCAGUAGUAAAAGGCAGAAAUUCACAUUUACUAUGGGAGGACAGUCGCCAUCAGAUAUAUCGGAGCGGCCAAGGUGCUCACAAAUAUCCGAACAUGCCUCUAUUGUCAAGGCGCUAGGUGUGUGUUCAGAUAUUUUUGAGCACCUCGGCCGCGCCGAUAUAUCUGAUGGCGACUGGACAACAAUUUUCAUCGCGCCUACAUUUUUUAAAUUUGCCGCCUUUCUAAUGACGGAAACGGCUUGCCAAAUUAUAGUUGCGAACACCAAAUAUUGAUAUGUCCAUCUCACUCUGCCACAUAAGUGCGUCUUGUAUGUAUUUGACAAUCUGGUGUCACCAGCACUUAUCUUUAAUUUCUACCAUUUCUACUAUUUACCAUCGAACUGUACCUACAUAUACAUGUUCAAUCAUCUAUUUUAGUAAUUUAAUAACCUAUAAGUAAAUGAAAUUAUAGGUUAUAAGGUGCACUGAAAUAAAGGUAAAUCGUAUGAUUUGUUGAUUCAGCUAAUAUCUUUGAAAUACAACAGGCAGUUGUUACAUUUUAGUUUUAAGUAGAAAAUGGAAUAAAUAUUUAUACGAG